UGCUGCUGCUGUGCUGCUGGUGCUGCUGGAUGUGAGCCCCCCUCGCCCCUUCUCGUAAAAGGAACCGGGCCACAUUUUGUUCACAAUUUUGCAUUCGUACGUCCAUCCGAAAAAGACAAGAGAAAGAGGAGGAGACGACUGCUAGCAAGUGCUCAUAUUCGCUUUGCCGCCGAAGGGAAGCCAGCCAGGUCUGCGAGGAAACAGAUCUCCGAGCCCCUCCGCCCUCCAUGUUUGGCGUCUCGGUCGCCGUCAUGCAGACCGCCGUCCUUCUCUUGUCCCCGCUCGUCCUCUUCUCCCUCCUGGCUCCGAUCGCAUCCUCUCAGAGCGAGGCGGACCUCACCGUCAUGACCCAGGCGGGCCGAGUCCGGGGCAUCCACAUGCCCGUGCUGGAGCGGGGCCACGUGACAGCCUUCCUGGGCGUCCCCUUCGCCGAGCCGCCCGUGGGGAAGGGGCGGUUCCGCCCGGCCGAGCCCAAACGUCACUGGGCGGGAGUGUACGACGCCCAUCACUACCCCAACGCCUGCUACCAGUUUGUGGACGUCACCUUCCCUGGCUUCAUGGGCAGUGAGAUGUGGAACCCCAACAUGGAUAUGAGUGAGGACUGCCUCUACCUCAACGUGUGGGUGCCGCCGUCGCCCAGACCUCACAAUCUCACCGUCAUGGUGUGGAUCUACGGCGGAGGAUUCUACAGCGGCUCUUCAUCCCUGGACGUGUACGAUGGCCGUUACCUGGCUUACAGCGAGACAGUCAUCGUGGUGUCCAUGAACUACCGCAUCGGCGCUUUCGGUUUCCUGGCUCUGGACGGCUCCUCGGAGGCUCCCGGCAACGUGGGCCUGCUGGACCAGAGGAUGGCCUUGCAGUGGGUCCAAGACAACAUUCACUACUUUGGCGGAAACCCCAAGCAGGUGACCAUCUUCGGGGAGAGCGCCGGCGGCGCCUCGGUGGGAUUCCACCUCUUGUCUCCAGACAGUCGGCCCCUCUUCACCAGGGCCAUCCUCCAAAGCGGAGUUCCCAACACCCCCUGGGCCACCGUCAGCCCGGCCGAGGCCCGUCGACGAGCCACGCAGCUGGCCAAACUGGUGGGCUGCAGCUGGGGCAACGACACCGAGCUGGUCGACUGUCUACGCACUAAAACGCCACAGGAGCUGAUUGACCAGGAGUUUCAGGUCCUCCCGUGGAUGUCCAUCUUUCGGUUUUCGUUCGUCCCCGUGGUGGACGGCGACUUUGUGCCCGACGCGCCGGAGGCCAUGCUGAACGCGGGCAACUUUAAGGACACUCAGGUGCUACUCGGGGUUAACCAGGACGAGGGCACCUAUUUCCUGCUGUACGGCGCCCCUGGCUUCAGCAAGGACAACGACAGCCUCAUCUCCAGGGGGGACUUUCUGGAAGGUGCCAAGCUGAGCGUGCCGCACGCCAACGACAUCGGCCUGGAGGCGGUGGUGCUGCAGUACACCGACUGGAUGGACGAGAACAACGGCCUGAAGAACCGCGACGCCUUGGAUGACAUUGUGGGCGACCACAACGUCAUCUGCCCUCUGGCUUUCUUCGCCCGCGCCUUCGCUCAGCACAACGCUCUCAAGUCCAACGCUGGGGUCUAUCUCUACCUGUUUGACCACCGAGCGUCCAACCUGCCCUGGCCCGAGUGGAUGGGCGUCAUCCACGGCUACGAGAUCGAGUUUGUCUUCGGCCUUCCCCUAGAGAAGAGAUUAAACUACACCCAGGAGGAGGAGAAGCUGAGUCGCCGCACCAUGAGAUACUGGGCCAACUUUGCACGAUCCGGCAAUCCCAACGUGAACGUGGACGGCUCGGUGGAGAGCAGGAAACGCUGGCCUCAUUUCACCGUGGCCGAGCAGAAAUACGUGGCGCUCAACACGGAGCCCGUCAAGGUCCACAGGGGUUUGAGGAACCAGAUGUGCGCCUUCUGGAACCACUUCCUGCCACGCCUCCUCAACAUCACAGACAAUAUCGAUGAGGCCGAGCGCCAGUGGAAAGUGGAGUUCCACCGUUGGUCCUCCUACAUGAUGCACUGGAAGAGCCAGUUUGACCAUUACAGCAGGCAGGAGCGCUGCACCGAGCUCUGAAGUUCCCGGGUGGGCGAGGGCGUGGAGGAGGGAGUGGAGCCAAAAGGGGGCGCCAGCGGGUUCAAGCCACAGGCGAAACGGAGCAGGCAAGCUUAUUUCCUCCAUAGCCACUUAAAUGACAACAGUAGAUAAACUGCUCAAGCACUGUAUGUCCAUAUUUAUUAUUUUUGAAUGAUUCUUAAUUUAUUGACUAUUUAUCUCUCUCGCUCUCUGUGUUUUGCGUCUGAGGGAAUGGAGGGAAUCUGCCUCUCCUCGCUCGUCUUUUUUUUUUUGUCCAACACGUCAGGAUUUGAUUAUUUUUGUGUUGAUUUCUGCCACCGGGGCUUUAAAAACAAUUCCAUCCCUCAAUUUCAACAUAAGCCAUCUUAGCUGGAAAUCAUUUCCUAGCCACUAUAUCGUGGCCUAUAUAGUGAGUUGGCCAUUUUGUAGUGCUCUUGGAAUGUGUUGUGAGUAGUUUACCCCCCUCGCCCCCUCCCAUGCUUUUCUGAGAAGAAAAUCAAAUAUAUGCAGAGAUCAUUUCUGUUUGUUUGAUAAGUUGUUGGUGCCAUCUUGGGGAAAUUGUUGGAAAGAGGGGAGAGCAUUUGGUCAAGCCGUAGCCUUGUCUAAUAGAAAAAAAAAAUGUGUCGUUGCCAUCUUGUGGCAUGCGUAGGCAAUUACGACCCCCUUUUGGUAGGUUCCCAUUCGCAGUCUUAUUUUAUUUUUGCUGUGUUCACUGAAGUUGCAUUGUGGGUUGGGCAUCACAACCACCUUGUUUGUUUAAUAUUUAUUCCAAAAUGUCCACCAACUGAUUUUGAUGUUGUGUGGCAACAAUAAUGGCAUUAAUUGUCUGUUAGAUAGGUGAUUAGUUUUGGUUCUCGUGGCUGUCAACGUCACCACCGAUUACCAUCUACCUUCCUCCUUGCUAUUAUCCGUCAUCCCUCUCUUCUCUGCGUCCGACCUGCAUCCGCAGCCCCUUUUGCCAUCUCGCUAUCCGGCUCUCUUUUCUCGUUAGCCUAAUGGAGGCUGAGUAAUUCAGUCAGCGGUGGGAUGAUGUGACAGAGCGUUGGCUCAGCCUCUGGCCUGCCAGCCAGUGGAGCACGGUGAAUGGAUGGAAAGGGGGGGUGAAGAGAAAAGACAUCCUUGCAUAACACACAUAGGAGACUGAAAACCCUCUGGGCUUUGUGUAGGCCAUUUCUUGAAGAAAAAAACCAUUGUCAUUUCAAUUUACACACAGUUCAGGAGUCAGAGAGAAUGUGUUGUAUUUGAAACUACAUAAAUUAGGCUUCCACUAGCUUAAUGCUACCAAAUAAUGCAAAACAUGCUAACCUUAGCAUCGAUAGUUGCUGUUUCAGAAGCAAUAGAUAUUUGAACUCAAACGGGACACAUUAAGACAAUAGAGUUCCUCAUUAUCUUCAUCGUGAGUUUGAUAUUUGUCAUGUUCAGACACUAGCUCAAGGCCUCACUGUAUAUCACAUAUUUUACUGUUAGUAUCAAAUUUUGGUCACUUAAUGGGUGGCUUGAGAUGGGUUCUCAUCCGUCCCUCAACAGUUUUUCGGAACAAAACUAACCAAAAAUUCUUUUUGAACCGGACUUGAAAUGAAUGCGCGUCGGCAUGUUGAAUGGAUGAGGAAGCUGAUGUCCAAAUGCAUGCUCUCAUCUGAUGUUACCCUUUGCCCUCAAGCAAUCCCAUCCUAAUGCAUGUCCUCCAGUAUUCCUGAAAAUUGCUCCAGACUCUUAUUUCCUAUUUAUUUUUCAAGAGUAAGUGAGAACUGUAUCUCAACUGUUUGCUAGGUUUGAUGUUAGCAAUAAAAAAUACAAGAUAUAUUUGAUAUUUAUUUCCAAAUGUGGUAAAGGCCGGGAAGUGUUCCAACUAUGAAAAGGCUUUCAAAGCAAUAGAAUUGACGCUAAUGUAAUGACGCUAAAGCGUUCCCUCAGCCUCACAGUUCAACUAGUAAAUGUUGAAGGCUUCUGUCGCUUUCCAAUAUGUCUCUGUGUAUCUUGAAUGCUGACUUGUAGCAAUGAAUAAAGAUAUCCUUAUGCUUCUGUCCA